AUGAACUGCGUGUCAGAUUUCUUCACCUACGAGACCACCAAGUCAGUGGUUGUGAAGAGCUGGACCAUUGGGGUCAUCAACCGGGCAGUCCAGCUUUUGAUCAUCUCCUACUUCGUGGGGUGGGUUUUCUUGCACGAGAAGGCUUACCAAGUGCGGGACACAGCCAUUGAGUCCUCAGUUGUCACCAAGGUGAAGGGCUUUGGACGCUAUGCCAACAGAGUCAUGGACGUGUCUGAUUAUGUGACCCCACCCCAGGGCACCUCUGUCUUUGUCAUCAUCACCAAGAUGAUAGUCACUGAAAACCAGAUGCAAGGAUUCUGCCCAGAGAGCGAGGAGAAGUACCGCUGUGUAUCAGACAGCCAGUGUGGGCCUCAGCGGUUCCCGGGCGGGGGUAUCCUUACGGGCCGGUGUGUGAACUACAGCUCUGUGCUCCGGACCUGUGAGAUCCAGGGCUGGUGCCCCACCGAGGUGGACACAGUGGAAAUGCCUGUCAUGAUGGAAGCCGAGAACUUCACUAUUUUCAUCAAGAACAGCAUUCGCUUCCCCCUCUUCAACUUUGAGAAGGGAAACCUCCUUCCCAACCUGACAGCCAGAGACAUGAAGACAUGCCGCUUCCACCCCGACAAGGACCCCUUCUGCCCCAUCUUGCGGGUGGGAGAUGUGGUCAAGUUUGCAGGGCAGGAUUUUGCCAAACUGGCCAGCACGGGUGGAGUCCUCGGCAUUAAGAUCGGCUGGGUGUGCGACCUGGACAGGGCCUGGGACCAGUGCAUCCCCAAAUACUCCUUCACCAGGCUCGACGGCGUUUCCGAGAAGAGCAGCGUCUCCCCAGGCUACAACUUCAGGUUUGCCAAGUACUACAAGAUGGAGAACGGCAGUGAGUACCGCACACUCCUCAAGGCUUUCGGCAUCCGCUUUGACGUGCUGGUGUACGGGAAUGCUGGCAAGUUUAACAUCAUCCCCACCAUCAUCAGCUCUGUGGCCGCCUUUACCUCCGUGGGAGUGGGGACUGUCCUCUGUGACAUCAUCCUGCUCAACUUCCUCAAGGGGGCCGACCAGUACAAAGCCAAGAAGUUUGAGGAGGUGGACGAGACGACGCUGAAGGUCACUGCCUCGGCCAACGCAGAGUGCUCCAGCGACCAGACCACCGAGGAGAAGCAGUCCACAGAUUCGGGGGCCUACUCCAUUGGCCACUAAGGCCUCUGCCAGGGCCCCAAGCUCAUCCAUGGGCUCCAGGCCUCCCGAUAGGGCACCACACCUGGGCGAGGAGGGAUGGAAAGGGGAGGGGCUCUCAUUUCUGCUGCUCACCCCAGGAAGCCAUGCUGGACCCAGGUGUCUGGGCCUCCCAGUGUUCUAGCAGACAGGUAGUGCCCCCUGCUAAGACCUCCAUCUCCCUUCACCCCUUGCCUUGCCCCUGUCUGCCUCCCAGAACCCCCAGGGCAGCAGCCCCUGAGUUGUCCCCCUUCUGAAGAGUAGAGAGCAUAAUAGUAAUAGCAAGUGGCCACAAGGCAUUGCCAAAUGCCGGGCAGGGUCACACACAUUAUCUCAUUUAACACUUAGAGUCAUCCUGUGAGGUAGUUAUUAGUUUCCCUGUUUUGAAGGUACACUGAGGCACCGAGAGACUGAGUCAUUUGCCCAAGGCCACACAGCCAAGAAGCAAGAGGACUGGGAUACGAACCCAGAUCGAACUCCAUCACCCACACCCCACAAGAGAAGGGUGAACUCCCAGGGGUGGCCGCCCCUGCUGCUUCAGCCUCCCCCAUGGUGACCAGGAUUAGGUUUUGCUUAAUAAAGAGUGAGCCCCAUGCUUUCAGCAGGAACUCAGGCCCCGGUGUAGGGAAGAGCAGUUAGACAGGGAUGCGGGGGGACCUGGCUUGGGUAGAUCCCCAGUUCAGAAGGAAACAGGAGGCAUAACUUAGCUCUGUACCCAGCCAGGGGUCUCUCUCUGGGACCCCCACAUAAUCCCACACAU